GUUCUAUUUGUUGACCCAAAAGAACCGCCACAAUUGGUUGUGUCCGAGCGUCCCACCUCUGUGUCCCGCGGGAGAGACACUAAACUAAAGACUCGUCUAAGUUGGGUGAUGGUCAGACAGACUCUGGCAGAGAUAUUGUGAGGAUGGAAGCAGGACGCCUCUGUAUUGAGCGAGCAGUGGCUCGUUUCAUCAUCAUGGCAAACACCUCGGCUCUGAGUCUGAACUCCAGCGUCACUGGGUGGCGUCGUCCGCUGUGGUACCAGUAUGAAGUGUGUGCAGAAGCUCCUCAUUGGUUCAUCUUCUACUUUGGAGUCAAAGUAUUGAACCUGGUUGCAGGCGUUCCCCUGAACGCACUGGUGUUGUGGCAGAUUCUGAGGAAGAAGAGCGAAGGCUCAACAUCCGAUGUCUUCAUUUUUAACCUCUCUAUCCUGGAUGCCUAUUUCGGCCUCAUGACGCCGGUGGAUAUGGUCAACCGGCUGUACUUCAACAACGCGUCCGUCUGGUACAUCGCUGUGGUCCAUCCCAUCCUCUUCACCGGGACCCGUGACACUCGCAUCCGGAUCGGCGUCUCGGUGCUGGUGUGGGGACUCAUCCUAACCUACUCUCUGACCAAAUGCAUCUUAGGCAUCCUGAGCGUGAGCGAGGUCUUCAGCGGCAUCAUCCUCUCGGCCUUCUUCAUCAUGGUGUUCUGCAACCUCUCCAUCAUCUGGUGUUGUUCUCAGGAAGAUCUUUGUAUUAUUCUGAAUACAACACAAGAACACAUGUCUUCAAGAGAGCAACAAACACCAAAUGAAGAAACAACCCUUUCCUUCACCAUAUUUUAA